GAGGAGUGGGAGCGUAGAGAUAUAACUGAGUUACCAAGGCAGGACAUCUUCGUCAAAGGAAGGAAAGAGCGGAGCAGAAAAGGAGGAAGAGAAGGGGCUGAAAUAGAGGAGUGAGCCUUCCACAGAGUUCAGUUUCACACAGAGCCAGUGGAGACUCUACAGGAGGAAAGGUGGUGUUUAAGGGAACGGACAAGCAACUUCAUUACUCUAAUCCAAAAACUAUACUUUCAUACUUGAAAGACUGAUGAACGGCAAGAUGAGUCUUCCCCGUAACGGUACCUUGGAGAAACCAGUGUCCCUGCAGACCGCCACGGACCGAGUGGAGCCUGAUUCCCCUCACCCGCGCCUCCAUCACACCGGCUCCGUCUCCUCCAGUACUCGAGCAAACGUGUCCAACUCAGGUGUGGUGGUUCCUCCUCCCUACUCGAUAGCAGGCAGUGCGCUGAACGAGUCUCCUCUGGAGCUGAGGGGCUCUCUGGACUGUUGGGCCUGUUCUGUUCUCGUGACAGCACAGAAUCUGAUCAUCCUCGCGCUCAAUGUGUGUCUGGCUGCGCUUAUCUUCGGCCUCAUCCUCUUGCCUUCGCUCGUCAUGGUCGCUUUUGGCUUCCUCUGCCAUUCAACGGUUCAGCGCCACGGUACUUCCGUCUACUGUUCAGAUCUCUUGGAUGAUGGAGGCUGUGUGGCUUUACUGGUGGUGGGCUUCCUGCUGCUGGCUCCGCUCCUGGUUCUGGCUCUGGCUGCUUACUGCAGGAUGGCCCGCCACCUCCAGCUGGGCCUGUGCUUCAUCCCCUACAGCCGUGCUGUCUACAAGAACCUGCCUGCAUCACAUCAUCGAGGCCUGGGGGGCUGCUGUGGCCAGCAGGGGGCAGGAGAGAGCGAGGGAAAGGGUAGCGUGUGGGUUUGAGCAGCCUAAAAAAAAAAAGAGCAUGGUGAAUUUAAUGUGAAUAGCCAUUGCAAAAUGUCAAAGAACCAAAUUGUGCCUAUUAUGUCAAUACAAGCAGUGCCAUGUUCUCA